AGGGACUGUCGUAAAAGGGGCGGGACGCGCCGCGCUAGCGAUGACGUGAGGCUGGGGGAGCUCAUUGCUGCCGCCGGCGGCUAGCGGGCGUCUGCGCCAUGGAGCGAUACGCGGGCGCCUUGGAGGAGGUGGCGGACGGUGCCCGGCAGCAGGAGCGACACUACCAGCUGCUGUCCGCGCUGCAGAGCCUUGUGAAGGGGUUGCCCAGCUCCUUCCAGCAACGCCUGUCCUACACCACGCUCAGCGACCUGGCCCUGGCGCUUCUCGACGGCACCGUGUUCGAAAUCGUGCAGGGGCUACUGGAGAUCCAGCACCUCACUGAAAAGAGCCUGUACAACCAGCGCCUGCGCCUACAGAACGAGCACCGAGGUGCGCGUGGGCAGCGGGACGAGGUGCCUCCUCCUCGGGGUCUGCGCCUCCCAGCAGCUCUUGUGCUCAGGCAGGCGCUGCGGCAGAAGCACCAGGAAGCCCAGCAGGCCUGCCGGCCCCACAACCUGCCUGUGCUCCAGGCGGCUCAGCAACGAGAACUAGAGGCGGUGGAACACCGGAUCCGUGAGGAGCAGCAGGCGAUGGACCGGAAGAUCGUCCUGGAGCUGGACCGGAAGGUGGCUGACCAGCAGAGCACACUGGAGAAGGCGGGGGUGGCUGGCUUCUAUGUGACCACCAACCCACAGGAGCUGAUGCUGCAGAUGAACCUGCUGGAACUCAUCCGGAAGCUGCAGCAGAGGGGCUGCCGGGCAGGGAAGGCAGCCCUGGGACUGGGAGGUCCCUGGCAGCUGCCUGCUGCCCAGUAUGACCAGAAAGGCAGCCCUGUCCCACCAUAGCCACAGGCAGCAGAAGUCUGGGCAGAGUUCAUCUUCUUGACCUUUGGCCACUGCCUUCCCAGCUGCCCACAGGGGUCCCCUGCUGAGGAGAGGCUGGGUGGAACCCGGCUGCCUGUCCCCCUUCGUCUGGGACUUACUGCCAAACGCUAGGUUGGUCUCAUAAAAGGCAGGCCGGCCCAGUCUGCCGCUGUCUGCUUCGGGGCCCGGCAGAGAGUGAGGCCGGGGGCUCUCACACCUUCUCACUCCACGGGGCACAUCCCAGCCUGCACUGCGGGCCCCCCGAGUGCUUGUUCUGGUCUCAGCUGCUCCCUUGGCAGCUGCAGCCCCCAUGCAGAAGAGGCUCCGAGGCCCAAGCUCUGUGUGACCCAGAGAAAUAAAGAUGCUUCAGUGUGGCCCGCA